UAUGCACCCGACGCCGGCAAACACCCAGAGGCUUUGUCGGAGGCGCACGAACCCUUCUCAAGCGAUGCAUUACACUUUGAUUCGCCUGAAAAACACCGACACUCCGACGAGCUUUAUACUGAGAGAAACGAGUGUUUUGCUCAGCCACGCUCAUUCAUUCAUCGAAUACUAGUUUUUUUUGUCUCUCCUCUCAAGGCCAAACGAAACCAUAGUUGUUCCUGCGAUAUUGAUCUACGCUACCUGGGAAGAGUACUCUCUACUGUUCAAAAGUAACCCCCGAAAGAGUAGUCUCGUAGGAGGAGCUCCACAAAUGGUUGUUGGUGGUCGGGUUUCUUAAGGGAACUUUUCCAUAUGGCAGCAUCCUCUUCGGCGUCUUCAUUCUCGUCGUCGGUGGGGUCAUGGAGGACGGCGUUCUUGACCCUCAGGGACGAAACCCUAAAUUCACCCCCUUGCACCACCCUUAUCCACCUCCUCAACCAUUUGAUAUUCUCCCACUCCAACACUUUGAUCGCCGUGGCCCCCGACAUGCCUUCCCCCGAGGUAACCUCCGAUUUGAUGUUUUUGAUGGAACUGGCUCGGAAUGCUGCUGAUUCUGCAGGCGUAGAUGAUAUGACUCAUACCUUUGCACAAUUAUCCCAUUUGAUCUAUAAUGUAAGCCGUCAUGUAUCCCUUGACAUAAAUUCCUCUUGUUGGGCUCUCAUGCUUGAGUCCUUUGGAAGAAUGUUGGAUACAAUUUUCGCGAAAGCCAGUAGAAAGAGGGUUUUGGAAGGGAAUGUUGUACCUAAAGCCAUAGGACAAUGUUUAGAGACUAUGAGAUGUCUUAUAAGUGUCUGCAAGGGAAAAUGUUUGCUAUCAGAAUAUGCGGAACUAUUAAAUUUCCUUAUCAGCAUAGUGGCAUAUUCUCAUGGUGAGUUAUUUUGCUCAUCUUCCUCAAGUGUUGGCCAAAGAUAUGUUGCUGAAUUUGGAAAGAGAAUACCUGGGUACAACAGUUUAUGGGAAGUACAAACUGCCACCUUGACUAUGAUUGGCGAUGUAUUUUCAAGAGUCGGGUCUUCUCUUUCAGUAGACAUUUGGAAAUCUACAGUUCAGGUUCUUAAAGAAGUGACGGAUGUCUUGGCAUCUAAGCAUUUUCUUGUGGAAGACAAUAUUAUGGCCAGGUUUUAUACUUCACUUCUCCAUUGCCUGCACUUGGUUAUUAUGGAUCCUAAGGGACCCCUUUCAGACUAUGUGGCGGGUUUUGUGGCGGCAUUACGGCUGUUCUUCACCUAUGGCAUUGCCAGCAGAUCUCAAUUUCUUAAUCCAUUAUUGGCUGGUAACAAGAAGGAAAUAAGUUCUCCAAGCCUUAAGAUGAAUUCAGAAGAAUCUGGUAAAUCAGGGCCCGCUCCAUAUAGGCCACCGCAUAGGCGCAAACAUGACUUGACGAAUUUGCAGCAUCUGAAAUCUCAGGAAUCUCUGAGUUUAUCAGAUCCUGAUUAUUCAAAUUUGGAUCACACCUCAUCUGAUUCGGAUUACAGUGACAGCGACGGAUCGGCAAAAGAUGCAGACAAUAUUCGCUGCUCCAAGGCCAGAGUGGCUGCUCUUGUCUGUAUUCAGGAUCUUUGUCGAGGUGACCCCAAAAUAUUCACUGCCCAGUGGACAAUGCUUUUGCCCUCCAGUGAUGUGCUACAGCCAAGGAACAGGAAGUACGAAGCUACUUUAAUGACAUGCUUGUUAUUUGAUCCAUAUUUAAAGGCACGAAUGGCAUCUGCCUCUACUCUUGUGGCAAUGCUGGAUGGCCCAGCAUCUGUUUUUCUUCAAGUUGCAGAAUACAAGGAAUCUACUAAAUGCGGAUCUUUCACGGCACUUUCAAGUUCACUUGGUCAGAUACUAAUGCAACUUCAUACCGGUGUUCUGUACUUGAUCCAGCAUGAAACUCAUAGUGUGUUGCUGGCGUCCUCGUUCAAAAUUCUCAUGCUUUUGAUAUCAUCCACACCAUAUUCAAGAAUGCCUGAGAACUUGUUGCCAACUCUUAUCUCAUCUAUUCGAGCAAGAGUUGAGGAGGGCUUUCCGCAAAGAAGUGAUCAGGCUAGUCUGCCGGCUGUCGCGAUUAAUUGCUUGACUGCAGCUCUAUCUGUCUCACCUUCCUCACCUAAAGUCAAAGAUUUGUUUCUGGCAGAAUUAUGUAGAGGUUCUGUUGAGGCUCAAGAAUUUUCCGGUGUUCUGUCUACCAUUUUCCGAUUUUCUGAAGCAGUAAACAGCCCAACAAUAAGCCUUGAGGCUCUCCAGGCCCUGAGAGCUGUAUCACACAACUAUCCAGAUAUAAUCAUUUUGUGUUGGGUGCAAAUUUCCUCGACUACGUUUGGAUUUUUGAGAUUUACUUCUCUUGAAGAUCCAACUAGGCCUUGGAAGGGCAGCAUCGGGAAUGUCACAGGGUCAACCGGGGAGAAAGUAAUUACAGCUGCAAUCAAGGUAUUGGAUGAAUGUCUUCGUGCAAUAUCUGGAUUUAAAGGAACUGAAGAUCUUUCCGAUGAUAAACUUCUUGAUACGCCAUUUACAUCCGAUCAUUCUAGGAUAAAGAAGAUUUCAUCAGCUCCAUCAUAUGGGUCUGAAAGCCUAGCAGUUACCAAGGACGAACCUGAAGCAAAUAUGUCGGGGAUUGAGCAGUGGUCCGAGGCAAUUGAGAAGCACGUGCCUUUGGUUCUGUUGCAUACUUCUGCCAUGGUGAGGGCUGCAUCCGUUACUUGUUUUGCGGGAUUAACUUCUUCUGUUUUCUCUGCUCUACCGAAGGAGAAGCAGGACUUCGUUCUUAAUUCCUCUAUCAAUGCUGCUCUGAAAGACGAGGUUCCUUCUGUCAGAUCAGCUGCUUGUCGUGCAAUUGGUGUGAUCACUUGUUUUCCACAAAUUUUUCAGAGGGUAGAGAUCCUGGGCAAAUUUAUCGAUGCUGCUGAGAUUAACUCUCGCUACUCAUUGGUCUUGGUGCGCAUUACAGCUUCCUGGGCCUUGGCAAAUAUGUGUGAUUCUCUCCGUCAUUGUAUAGAUGCUGUUACCUCCAAAAGGAGUUACGUGGAUUCCAAGGUGACCUCCCAAUUAAUUGCACGUUCAAUUGAGUGUGCUUUGCGACUGACAGCGGAUGGUGACAAGAUCAAAGCAAAUGCCGUGAGAGCUCUUGGAAAUCUUUCAAGGUUUGUCCAAUUUUCGAAACAGUCAGGUGUUGAUGAUGAGCCAGUGGAUGGUGUUAGUUUGUCUCAAAUAAUUAGCGGUGCUGAAAAGUUGCCAGCCAGGAGUGAUCUUGGCAUUAGGCAAAAGCAACAAUCUGUAUUGAGUUCAUUCCAGGGGGCAUUUUUGGAUGAUUCACUUUGGCUAGGAAGGAUGGUGCAGGCAUUUCUUUCUUGUGUUGCAACUGGAAAUGUGAAGGUCCAAUGGAAUGUUUGUCACGCAUUGAGCCACUUAUUUCUUAACGAAACAGUAAAACUGGCAGAUAUGGAUUGGGCUCCUUCUGUUUUUAGUAUUCUUCUAGUGUUACUUCGCGAUUCUCCUAACUAUAAGAUCAGGAUCCAAGCUGCUGCUGCUUUGGCGGUGCCAGUAACAACACUUGACUAUGGAGGAUCAUUUUCAGAUGUCAUUCAGGGUGUGGAGCUUGCGCUCGAGAAUUUAAGUUCAGACCAGAUAACGCCAUCGAGUUUCAGAUAUAGGACUGCGCUUGAGAAGCAGUUAACUUCAACCAUGCUGCAUUUGCUUGCCCUUGCUUCAAACAGCAGUCAUCAACCUAUAAUGGAUUUUCUUGUCAAAAAAGCGUCUUUUCUUGAGGAGUGGCUUAAACUGCUAUGCUUAUCCCUUGGGGAGACAAGUACUGAACUUGAGUCUGAAAACAACUGCAUGGUGAACCAAAAGAAAGAUAUGAUAUCCAGAGCAACUUGGUCACUUGCCAAAGUGUACAAAAGCAGGAAUCAUAUGGCAACUGCACACAAAUUUGAGGAGUUGGCCAGCAGCGAACCAUGAUUUUUAUUUGACUGGAUGUUGAAGGCUAUUAUCUGUCAAACAGUAGCUGGUAAACCCUUCUAUCGUCAAGGCUCUUAGGGGUUGACUAUUUCUACUUCGCAUGCAUGUUUCACUUAUUAAAAAAGUCGGGAGCCUUGUCAUGCAUUGGAGAAAAUAUCAUAUUGCAGUUCUGAGCAACUUGGUGGAGGAUCUUAUCUGGCAUGGUUAGGGAUAUUUGGGUGUGAAGUUGGUGUAUAGUGUCAUGCUUUUUAUUCCUCAGACUUGAGCAAGGUGUCUGGGGGAACUUGCAGUGCAGCUUGAUGUGUAAGCCAAAAAAGGAAGGACAGUUUACCUACUUUGAAGGUAUCUCAGGAAAGGAACACCCCGUCUUGAAGUUGUACUGUCAUAGUAUAUAUUGGGCUUGAGAUUGUAGGGGUUCAAGAAAUUUCCUUCUAUGUCUGUUGUAUAUUUGUUACUGUUGGAAGUUUGAUAAACGUCCACACAGUGCUGGCUGUCAUCCUUAUUUUAAGUUCCUUAGUGAUGAACUUUUGCACCAACAAAAUGAGUUAAACAGUUUCAGUGCAAAUGUAUUCGUCAUUGUGCUAAUAAUUUAUGGUCUUUGGAGCCAAAUUUACAAGGGAGCAAGGAAUGAAGAGCGUGGGCCGUAUACAUUUGAUA